AUGGCGUCAUCUUUGGAGGAGCUUCUAAAAGAGGAGGGGUUCAAGGGAAUCAGAAGAGUGACAAGGUCUAGAUCCUCGGUCCAAUAUGGUGCUUCAAGUGAGCCUCUUUACUCUUUGGACGGGAGACUUUCUGUAUCAAGUGAAAGAAUUCGAGCUCAGAGAAAAAGGUCUGAUGCCUCACGAUCAAGGGAUAAUGUUUUUUUGAGAGACAAAGUGGAUGAACGGUUGUACAAUGAAGCUGAGAAGAACUCUUCUAGCUAUAUUGAUUCAAGUAAAGGAGUUGAAUCCAAUACGACAGAAUACAUGCUAAGGCAUGAGAUUACUGAGGUGAUUGAGCAAGAAGCUAGCAGAGUUGAAAAUACUUACUCAAAAGAAGUGUCUACAAAAGAAAAGAAUUUCAAUGAACUUUUGGAAGACAGAAAAUGGGAGGAAAAGCCUGUCAAGGAUGCGAAGGAGCAAAGCAGAACUUCCAGUAUAAAUAUGCUUAGACACUCGAGCGAAACUGGAAAGAAUAUAAAUCCCCAGAAGGACUCGUACACUAGAUAUAACAGCAAGAGCUUUGAGUAUAGCAGCAGGAAUAAAAAAAGCAAUCUGGCUGUGCAAGCAGCUUCUAGUCUUGCUCUUGAUGAAGUAGCUGUCCAAGCAGUAGUUUCCAUUCUAAAUGGAUAUAUAAUGCGUUUUCCAAAAGAUGAGGAUUUUCGGUCUAUAUUGCACCACAGAUGUUUCUCCUCCUUGAAUUUUCUUGGACUGAAAGAAGAGAAAAUUACUGAGACCAAAGUCAUAAGAAGUCUUGAGCAAGCAAUUGAGGCCAUUGAACAAUCUGUGGAGGAACCUGUAUCUGCCAUGUAUCUGAAAAGAACAACGAUGCAGCUUAGCAUUAUUACAGGUUUGAGUUUGAAUGAUUUGAAAUACGCGUGUACACGUGGGAUCCCGAAUUACAAGUUGUCAGCCUGUGCUCAUCUUUACCUCAGUGUGGUAUAUAUGAUGCAGAAAAAAAAUAAGGUGUCAGCAAAGCAUCUCUUGCAAGUGUUUUGUGAAUCACCUUUUCAGGCACGGACAAUAUUGUUGCCUGAACUGUGGGAGCAUCUAUUUUCUCCACAACUUUCUCAUUUGAAGGCAUGGUACUUGAAGGAAGCAAGCGUUUUAGUAGAUACACCAAACAAAGCAAGAGGGCUAAAACUUCUUCAAAAAGUGUACAAUGAGCAUUUGGAUUCGGGAACUCAUAUAUUUGCUGUAUACUACAAAGAUUGGCUUACUGAAGGAGUGGAAUCCCCAGCAAUUCCUUCAAUUGGCAUUCCAUCAAUUUCUGUCACAGGAAGUCAACAGGGAAGUUCACUUGGUCAUUCUUUUGAGUCUGCUAGCUCCAUUGACCCAUUCUCACCACAGCCAAUGGUCAGCAAGAAACUGUAUGAUUCUAUGUUUGGUAGCCUGAGUAGACCUGUAGUUUACCAAGUCAAAGAUGUUAUGGAUGAUGGUAACCAAGGCAACUGCGUGAUAGACUCUUAUGGUUCAACAUUUGUUAAACAGACAUUAACAUAUGAGUCUGAAACUGUUAAACUUACAGAUCAAGAUGUUGAAGGUUUCUCUCAAGGUGUAGCCAUUGAUACAAUCAAGAAUCUCAAAGGAAAUUCAGUGAUAGCUGCAGAAGAAUGGCAGGAAAGGAAUCUCAGUGAUGACAUUAAUAACUCUUUCUCUAAGCAAACUAAUUUAAACAGUCACAUUACUGAUGCCCUACCACAUGAAAAAGCAAAUGAACUUGAUCUCAAAAAGCCAAAUAAGUCAAGUUCUUCUCUUCAAGGAUCAUAUUUUCCAAGCACUCCAGAGGAGUUUAUUUGUUCUCUUACUGGAAAUCUCUUUGAGGAACCAGUCACCCUAGAGACAGGUCAAACCUUUGAGAGAAAGGCCAUCAAAGCAUGGUUUGAAGAGGGAAACAGAACGUGCCCGGUAACAGGAAAUGCUUUGGAAUGCGUGACCAUGCCGUUUACCAACCUUAUCUUGAAGCGUCUGAUUGAUAAUUGGAAGUCAGAAUGUUUUGAUUACCUUCUUGAUCUUGCUUCCCAAAGAGUGGAGAAAUCAGAGGAGCUUAAGUUGAAAAAGUGGGAUGAGACUGCUGUAUUCAAGUUAGAGAGGCUUUUCUCCUCUUUGAAAGAAGAGGAGAAAUCAACUUAUGCUAAGCAUCUCAUCUCUUUAGGAGUUCUUCCAUUUCUUUUUAAGAGGUUUGAACAAGGAAAUGUGGAAGAAAAAUCACAAGUGAUUUCUCUCUUGCUCAAUUGUAUUCAAGUAGACUCUGGUUGCAUAUAUACGAUAGCAAGGAGUGUUAACAGAAAAUGUCUUCUCGAUCUUCUUCACAGCAAGGAGGUUACCCCAACAACUAAUGCAAUACUAUUCCUUACUGAACUUUUAUCAAUGAAAAGGUGA